AUGCUAUCAGGGAGAGACACCCAGCUGCUCAUGAGAGACAAGAAUCGUCCAAACCAAUCAGACGGAGACAUUGAGUGUAGGUCGCCACCAAGCAAAGCUAUGCUAGACCUAGGUCUCCAUGUGUCUGCGCAUGACUGGAGACGUCCCAAGAAGCCAGGCAGCCUCCUGAACUCCUAUAAAUACGCUCCUCCAACCCCAAGUCCAAACCAUUCCAUUCCCAAAGCUAGAGAGCACCUGAAAAGCCCAUAUGUUGAGUAUGACUCCGAUGUGGAAAGAUCACGGACGGCUGAGCCGCCAGAUCUUUCGAGGUUCGUGUGGGUACUCUUCCGAGGCAAGGGAAGCUCUGCCGCAGAACCGAGGGUAUGA